CCUAGAGUGGCCAUUUCGCGCCCGGGGUAUUUUGGCCCCUGCGUCCCACCGUAGCCCCGGCCGUUGCCGUGGCGACGGGCCCAGCGGCCUGAACCCGCCGGAGCCACCGGGUGUUGCCGCGCCGGCCUCAGCUGGAGGCCCCGUUACCCGCCGGGGCAUGAGGCGGGUACGGGGCCGCCCUCAACCGCCUCUGCGGGGAGAAGAUGAAUAUCUGCAAUAAACCUCCUAAUAAGACAGCUCCAGAAAACUUGAGUGAAGCUUUUCCUGAGGUGCAGGUCCAACGUGCUCGAAGGAAUGGCUGGAGCUGGCCGCUGCACCUUUUCCAGAUUACUGCCUGGUUGCUGUACCUUUUCUUUGCGCUGGUUGGCUUUGGAAUCCUGGUUCCUCUCCUGCCUCGCCACUGGCUGCCUGCUGGCUAUAUCUGUCCGGGAGUGUGUUUUAUCUACCAUUUAGUUGUUCAUCUUACUGCAGUCUCCAUUGAUCCUGCGGAUGCAAAUGUGCGAGAAAAAAACUAUCUAGGGCCUCUGGCCACCUUCAAUCGUAAUCAACAUGCACAUGUCAUUGAAAACCAUCAUUGCCAUGUCUGUGAUGUUGAUGUGAGUGCCAAGUCAAAGCACUGUGGCACUUGCAACAAGUGUGUGUGUGGCUUUGAUCACCACUGCAAAUGGCUCAACAACUGUGUGGGAGAGAGGAAUUACUGGCUCUUUUUGAAUAGUGUGCUGUCUGCCCUUCUGGGCCUUGGGCUCCUGCUGCUCGUCGCUUGCUACGUCUUUGUGGAGUUCUUCAUUGACCCUGGGAUGCUCCGCUCCGACCAGCACUUUGAUGCUCUGAGGAACCACACAGACCGCUGGUUUGUGUUUCUUCCUGCUGCUCCUGUUGAGACUCGGGCAUCUGGCAUUUUGGUCACAGCUGGGAUUUUUAUUUUUCUGAGCUUAAUGACUGUGAUCUUGCUAGGCCACCUCCUGACCUUCCACAUCUAUCUUAUGUGGAACAAAUUGACAACGUACGAGUACAUCCUGCAGCACCGUCCCCAGCAAGACGCAAAAGAGGGAGACAAGCAACUGGAGUCUUGUCCCUCCCAAGUGAGACCCAGUGAGGAAGCAGACUUUUUUUCAGGUAACCCUGGCUAUACAGACCCUCAUAUGCAAGCAGAGGAAUUCUCAACAGUAACUUCAGGAAAAGGUUUUCUGAAGCUUUAUGUCCACAGCGACAAAGCUGACCCUGAGCAGAGCUCCUCCCCUGACCUCCCAGCUCUUCAGUUUGUGGUCCCAUCGCAGCAACAGAAAAAAAGAAGAAAGAAGACACAUAAAGGUUCUUCCUCGGCAGUGGAGAACAGAUCUCAAACACAUGCUGGACCUUGGCCACCUUUCCCAGAUCCCCAGUCAGGGUUCCCAGCCACGGCUGCUGCCUCCUCAUCUUCCCACAGCCUUAGUCUCCUAGUGCCAGCUUUUCCUCUGAGAGCUGCUGUGCCCCCCAGCAGCAUCAGCCUCAUCCAGGCAGCGGGACCCCCAGCUGACUAUCACUCAGAGUCUGCCGAGUCCAUGGAUGAGAUUCCUGUGGCUCAAACUCGCCUUGGGAGCACGGCCCUUCGUGGGCCUCCUAAGAAUAGCUCAAGCAACUCUCAAGACUAUUUCUUGUCUACAGACAAUCCCAGAGGUGACAGAGAAAAGAAUCUGUGUUCUGGGCACAAGGCAAAAAGGAAAACCUGCCAGCAGGACAGACAUGUGGAACAAGACCUGGAACUAUUUUCAAAGAUUCCUGCUGUGUUUGUAAGUAAGAGCAGUGGAGAACUUCAUGCCUCUCAGCCCCAGCCCAUUGAGAGCACAUCUGAGCCACACCACAGAAAAUGCACCAAACUCCAGUGACUCUCUGAAGGUAGCAGCGUCCCUUUACCUGAUGCUGUCCAUCUUCCAACAGAACAAGUUGAGAGGCAGAAAAAAAACCUGCUGCAUUGUUGUUUCUGGCUGUGGCCUUUUCCUAAGUCAGGAAUGCCCCCAAGCCCAGUUCCACACUCCUUGUCAAGAGGGAGCAGUCUCCCCUGAUGGGGAUGUGCUCCCGCUGGUUUGGGACUGCAGCAUUAGUACUCCAGGGAGUGCUGAGGGCCUCAUCCUUGCACUGUGUGCUUGCUCUCAGACUGCAGCAAGACAUUUCUUGCUACCUGACCAAGGGCAAGAGGCAAUAAGGUGGCAAACCUGAGGUAGGCGUGUUGCUAGAGAGAACUCGAGUAUUUUCUAUAGGAAAGGGUUGUCUCCUCCUGGCCCUCUGUACACUCACACUGCAGUGACUUUCUGGGAGUGUGUGUGGGGAAGAGCAACGCUUCAUCUCCACUGUUCCCUGCACCUUGAAAACUAAGUUUCCCAUCUCUCUACACCCUGUCAGUCUUUGGAUCAUGUGCAGAAGCUUCAGCAGGUGGUCAGGGAGUAACCUCAGGGUUGCCCUGUCCCUAUACCGCUUUCUACUGUGCACUCUUAAGUCCACUCCACCAGCAUGUCCUCUGUAAGACAGCAUGGUUUGACCUGCUCUUCCUUCCCAGCAGCCUGGGGUGCCUCACUGCUCAGCUUUCUCAUCAGAAGCUCUGGGAUACAGCAAGUCCUGAAACUUUUCCAUUUCCUGGGCUGCCAGAUCCACAUUAGUCCACAGCCAAGCCUGGAGUCUGCUGCGGGAUUUUUCUGCAGUACAGACACUGGGGCAUGGAGCCAGUGCCUCAAGUCACAGCACCCUGUGCUGGUGGUGAGAAGCAGAGAGCGACACCUCAACUUCCCCUGCCCUCUUGCUUCCCCAGGCGGCAUUCCCUGUUCCAAGUUCCCGGCUGAGUGCUGAGGCUGCCAGCCAGCCCGGAUCAGCCCAGCAGCCAGCUAACUGCAGAGCCUGGGAUAGCAGCUACGCACACAUGCCAAUGGGUCUUGCCACCAUCAUGGUGGGGUGUCAUGAUUUGUCACUUGACAGCUGUGUAACCUGCACCGCCCCUGCUUCUCCAGCACCUUGAGAGUCAGCAGCUGGCUUGGCUGGUUGCACCAUUCCUGGACAGGCCCCUGGUGCUGCAUGCUGGUGUGUGUGAACAAAGACGUGCAUCAGCACAGAAGGGGAAGCCUGGGAAGUCUUUAUCACUCUGCCAAAUGUUUUGAUACAUGAAAACCACAUCUGACCCUUUCUCCAAGAUGACGGUGGGUGCAGGUUAGCACCCUAUUUUGUUUUGUCCUUCCUUGUGUGAGUCAAGUUAAGCUGUUCCUCACCUAGCUCAGUCUGCCGGCAUUCAUCAGAAAUGGUUCAGAGCAGGACAGGCUAUCUGGGGACAAAUGUCCCCUGGGCACAGCCAACAUGGGACAGGCAGGCUGGACUCCCAGCUUUGAUGUACACACUUCCCAGCCUGGCUUGUUGCCUGUCAUCCCAGUGCUCAUGCUGGCUUAUGUGCUGCUUUGAGGUCCACACAAAGUCCACUUCCCCUGGAGCUUUAGGCUCAGACACGUUUCCUUCUGGAGAGCUCACUUCAGCAGGGAUGCAGGAGGGCACCUGUUGUAUGUUGAAAGCCUCAGCCCAUUCCAGGAGCACUCCUGAAUGCUUGCCCAGCUCCCUUGGAAAGCACCUCAGCAUUGUCACCUGGCCAACACCGUGCUGUGUGGUGCCUAUGCAGCGGGAAUUUCAAGCAGCAUGUGCUUUCAAGAAGACAAAGUGCUGCAGAUGCUCCUGGAAACACCUGAUCCUUGCAGAGCUGAAGCUGGAUUCAGGGAAUUCUCCCUUUGCUGAAAGGUUUAUGGGGUAAGUGUGUUUCAGAGAUGGGACCAACUUGGCAGAGCACUCCCUGGGGACAGUCCUUGGGAAAUUCUGGCAAGGCAGCAUAGACACAAUCGCUCACCCCAGGCUUCUUUAAAGAAGGGCUGUCUUACUGACCUCCUCUGUCAUCUGAUUUUUGACUCCUGAAAGAGGUGGAAUAAGGAGCCUUGACUCUGAAUUAUAUGAGCCAUUGAUCAGCAGAAGUGAAGUCUCACAUAGCUGUGGAGUCAUUGUGUCUAAAUUUGCAGGAAGGGUUGGUCUGUAGCUACACUCCUUGCAGCUUCCCUUGCUGCUGUGGCCAGUGGUAUCUGCCGGUGGUGUGACCCUUUGGAAAAGCAGGUGUGUGUGGGACCAACCCUUGUGGACCAGCAGACAUGGCAUGGCUUGUCUACAGAGACCAUCUGCUCCCUGAUAGAUCCUGGUUAGACAAAGUCCUUCCAGUUGUUUCUCUUCAUAUCUGCUGUCAUUCUGCACAGAAAUGCUGGACUCAGGGUUUGCCAAAGCCAGCUGUCACUCCUCCCCAGAAGGCAUCAGUAAUUUCUUUCUAGCAGGUCCCCCUGAGCAGACCUUAUGUGUUUUCUUACCCUUUGUCAUGUAUGGAGCUCUUUAGCAGCUCUGUCCACAAUAAAAUUUUCUAUGCCCUUUGCUAAA